CCACAGUCCACACUCCACAGAAUACUGAGAUUCAGUUCCAUCAUUUUCAGUGUGUUUUGAGUUCAUACCAAGGUGGAAAUGGUUAACACGGAGAAAGACUUAGAACAACAAUUCACAUCCAUUAAUACGUCGAUAGAACGUGUUAAUAUACCUCCACCACAACCAUUUUUCAAAACGUUCAAAUCUUCACUCAAAGAGACUUUCUUCCCUGAUGAUCCUUUUCGUCAAUUCAAAAACCAAUCAUCCACUAAGAAAUUUGUACUAGGUUUACAAUAUUUCUUACCCAUUCUUGAAUGGGCACCUCGUUAUACAUUUCAGUUCUUCAAGGCUGAUCUUAUUGCUGGUAUCACCAUUGCUAGUCUUGCUAUUCCUCAGGGGAUUAGUUAUGCUAAACUAGCGAACUUGCCACCAAUUUUUGGUUUAUAUUCGAGUUUUGUUCCGCCAUUGGUGUAUGCAAUGAUGGGAAGCUCAAGAGAUUUAGCAGUUGGGACUGUUGCUGUUGCUUCACUUCUCACAGCUUCUAUGUUGGGGAAGGAAGUGAAUGCUUCUAAAAAUCCUACACUCUACCUUCAGCUAGCUUUUACCGCUACAUUUUUCGCCGGUGUAUUUCAAGCUGCCUUGGGAUUCUUAAGGCUUGGGUUUAUUGUGGAUUUUCUGUCACAUGCAACCAUAGUGGGGUUCAUGGCUGGAGCAGCCACUGUUGUUUGUCUGCAACAGUUGAAAGGCAUUCUAGGGCUUGAACACUUCACCCACGACACUGAUCUUGUGUCUGUUAUGCGUUCUGUGUUCAGCCAAACACAUCAGUGGAGAUGGGAAAGUGCUGUCCUUGGUUGUUGCUUUCUCUUCCUCCUUGUUCUCACUAGAUUAAUCAGCAAGAAAAGACCAAAUCUCUUUUGGAUAUCAGCCAUGGCACCAUUAACCUCAGUCAUUUUAGGAAGUCUCCUUGCGUAUUUCACCCAUGCAGACAUGCAUGGGGUUCAAGUGAUAGGGGAACUGAAGAAAGGAUUGAAUCCACCAUCUUACUCUGAUUUGGCUUUUGGUUCACCUCAUCUUACGACAGCCAUUAAAACCGGAAUCAUCACCGGCGUCAUUGCUCUUGCUGAAGGAAUAGCAGUAGGGAGAAGUUUUGCUAUGUUCAAGAACUACAACAUUGACGGAAACAAAGAAAUGAUUGCUUUCGGGAUGAUGAACAUUGCUGGCUCUUGCACUUCUUGCUACUUAACUACGGGUGCAUUUUCGAGAUCGGCUGUAAAUUAUAAUGCAGGAUGCAAGACAGAAGUUUCAAACAUCGUAAUGGCAACAGCGGUGAUGAUAACGUUAUUAUUUCUAACACCACUCUUUUACUACACCCCUUUGGUGGUACUCUCCUCGAUUAUUAUAUCAGCGAUGCUAGGGUUGAUUGACUAUGGGGCUGCCGUCCAUCUCUGGAACCUCGACAAAUUCGAUUUUGUUGUUUGCAUGAGUGCGUAUUUCGGCGUUGUCUUUGGCAGCGUUGAGAUUGGCCUAGUGAUGGCAGUUUCUGUAUCCAUGCUCCGAGUGUUAUUGUUUGCAACAAGGCCAAAGACUUCUGUACUAGGAAAAAUUCCUAAUUCCAUGACCUACAGAAAUGUCGAUCAAUACUCUGUUGCUUCUAGGGUUCCUGGAGUUCUCAUCCUCCAUGUUGAUGCUCCAAUCUAUUUUACCAACGCAAGCUACUUGAGAGAAAGAAUCUCGAGGUGGAUCGAUGAAGAAGAGGACAACCUAAAAUCUUCAGGAGAAACUACCUUGCAAUAUGUUAUCCUUGAUAUGGGUGCUGUUGGUAACAUCGACACAAGCGGAAUAAGCAUGUUAGAAGAAGUCAAGAAACACACAGACCGACGAGCUCUUAAGCUUGUGUUAGCGAACCCUGGAAGCGAGGUGAUGAUGAAGCUCGAUAAAUCAAAGCUCCUUGAGGGAAUCGGGCCAGAAUGGAUAUACCUAAAAGUGGGAGAAGCAGUUGAAGCAUGUAACUUCAUGCUUCAUUCAUACAAAUCAUCAGCAGGGCCUACCAAGACCAAAUCGGAAACCCAAGAUAACAAUGUCUAGCAAUUAUAGUAACCAUAACAGUGCACUUACCACAAAGACUGGCCAGUGACAUCCUAGCUGUUUCUCGUUUCAAUAGGCCAAACAAAUUAUCUAGCUCAAGUUGUUAGAGGAUUUUCAUACAAAUAAUUUGUAAUUACAAAACGAAACAUAUAAUGCUAUCCAUUUUGGAGUGUCAAUGAAAGUGCGAAUUCCCA